AUGGUCGCGCAGCGGGAUCUUCUGCCCGCGCCGCUGCGCGCUGCGUCCGCGACCCUCGAAUCGUCGAGCCUCGAUGCUCUCGCGGCUCCGAGACGCGGCCGCCGACGACGGACUGUUCAGAACGCUUCUGUCAGCUCUUGGACGUUGGAGUGCUUGGCCGUCAACUGGCUGGGCGGCAAGGAGGGCAGCCCCGACUUCGAUCCCCUUUCUCUCUGGCAGCGCGCGGGCGUCUUGGACCUGCGGAACCGCCUGGCUCCAUUGGGCCCACCGCCUGUCAGCUCGGCGGCGGCUCUGGGCGGGCCGUGCCGCAGCGCCCCGGGCUGCCUCGGGCGGCCUGCGAAGCCAGCCACGUUCGCCGUUGACUCGGUCGCCCUGCCGCUGGACGGCGUCAAGCGCAAGCCUGGCGAGCGACUCGCGGACGCCGCCUGCACGAUCGCACCCUUCCACGUGGCGAAGUCUGACGGGAGACGCCGACUGGCCCUGGACACGAGGAAGGCUUUCUCCCACUUCAACGACCCCGCCACGGCGGAGCUGCCGACGGCUGGCGUUUGGGGCGGGCUCCGCACCCGUGAGUCCGACGAGCUGGUGGUCGAGCAAGUGGACAUCGAGGCUGCCUUCUACCGCGUGGGGGCGCCAGAGGGAUUAUCCGACUUCAUGGUCUUGCCCAGCGCCCCCGCGUCGGACUUGGCGCAGAUCGACCCCUCGCCGCCUGCGGGGGGGGCCGCGGGAAGCGGACCGCUCCCAGAUUGCUCGCGCUGCCGAUGGGCUGGACUCGGUCUCUCUGUCGCCCCGGCACGCGCCUCGAAGGCGGGCUUCCGCGAGAAGGACAUGAUCAGCGACAAGCACGCGGUGAAGGACGUUCCCAUCAGCCCCGCGGUCGCCGCCCACGCCGACGGCGCGGCCGUGAUCGGCGUGAAUCGGCAGCAGGCGCGGGGCGGCAUCUCCGCGGUCAAGCGCGAGCUGGAGGUUCGCCUGUCUUCAGGCCGCUUGCAGAAGAUGCGCCUCGCCUUGCUGGAGCUCGCGUCUCAGGAGUACGUGUCGGGGCGGGCGGUGCCCCAGCUCGCCGGCCACUAUAACUGGGCCGCGCCCCUGAUGAGGGCGGGGGGCGACGCGCGGCGUCUGUGGCCCGACGCGGCCUCCGAGCUGCGCGCCGCGGGCGCUUUGCUGGGCUUGGCCUUCCUCAACACGAGGCGCCCCAUCGACCCCGUCGCGACGGGCGCGGGCGCCUCGACGGGCGACGGCGACCCUGAGGGCACGCUCUUCGGCGGCUUCGGCUUCACGGAGCGCCCCUGGCCCUCCGAGGCGGUGUGGGAUGCCGCCAGACGCUCGGAGCGCUGGCGCUACCUCGUAGCGGGCGCCGCAGCAGCUCGCGAGCACACCUUCUCGAGCCAGCUCGCGGCGGGCUUCGAGCAGGUCAACCACGACCUCGACGAUGACGAUCCUCAUAGAGCACCGAUUGGAUCGCGCGAAGAAAGGGCCCCCGACGCUCCGACCACUGACCGCGCGACGCAGGGCGACUUCGCGGGCCUCGCCGCCAGCUUGGUCUUCCCGCUGGGCGCCUGGACCUCCGCCCUCUUUGGGCGCUGGGCUCGGCCUGAGAACAUCCCGGGGCUCGAGGCCGCCCGUUGGCUCCCGAGCAAAUGGAACAGCAGCGACAAGGGUGCUCGCAUUGUGGCCCCGCCCGCGGGCCGCUUCGAGCUGGACCCCCGCGGCGCCGGCAAGGCCAGCGCCGCCUUCGAGAGGGCGACCCUCGAGGGGGCCAAGCGCCUCGACUGCCACGAGUUCGACCCAGGUGGCAAGCGCAAGUACAACCGCUUCGGCAUCCAGAACAACCUGGGGGAGAGCGGCGCUGAAGCCUGGGGCCGCAUCGCCUAUGACGGGUCAGACGACGGCUUCGACGUCGAGAGCUUCCACGCGCCGCGGGGCGGCAGAGGGGCGGCCGGCGCCGGCGCCCCGUCGCUCUCCGACCGCAACGUUCGCAAUUUACGCACUGCGGGGAAGGCCCGCCAAGCGCCGCUGAAGGCCGAGAGGGCGAAGCUGCGAGCGCUCGCCGCCGACGGCAUGGCCGAGGCCGCCGAUUCUGGGCCGACGCACUUGCAGCAUACACGCCCAAAAGGAGCAACACGGAGAAUCUACCUGACGAUGGUUACCCCGUUCUUGACGUGGGCCAAUCUCGAGCCCCUGAAGCUGAUCGCCCCGGACCGCCUCGACUUGCUGCUCGCCCACUACCUGGGCCACCUGUGCUGGGAGAGGGGGCUCGGGGAGACGGGAUCUCGGCUGUCGGCGGCGAUCCAGCACUACAGGCCAGACUUGCCCAAGGCCAAGUUCGGCGGGCCCCCUCAGGCACGAGCGGCCCUGCGCGGCUUUCGCCGCAGAGGGUUCGCGGGCUCGUUCGAUCCCAUCCCGAAGCCAAUGAUGUUCGCCAUGAUCGGGGGCAGCAUCCUCACACAGGACCUGGAGUUCGCGGCCGCCCUGGCGAUCUCGUGGGACGCGAUGCUCCGCCUGCCGAGCGACGCGCUGGCGAUGGCCCCCGAAACCCCCGCGGGCCCAGGGCGCGGGGCGCACCCCAAGUGGGCCUUGUUGUUGUACCCGAGAGAGGUAGCCACUCGAAGCAAGACUCUAGGUUGCGACGAGGGCGUGGUCCUUCGGAGCGUGCUCUGGCAGCAGGAGGGCGCCUCCUUCCUCGCAAAGCUCCGCGCCGCGCGGCGCCCGAUGGAGCCGCUCUGGAGCUUCACGCCGAACACGUUCAAGAUCAAGUUCGCGCAGUACUUCAUGCUGGUCGGUUACGACGAGAACGUCAUCCCCUACCAGGUGAGGCACCGAACGGCAUCGCACGCGGUGGCCAUCGACCGAGUCCCGUUGGCGGAGGCCCAGUCCAUCCUCAGGCACUCGGACCCACAGUCGGUCGCCAGGUACGCCAAGGAGGUCAGGUACCUGUCACUGCUGAACAGGGUGCCCGAGUGGAUGGCCUGCUUCACCGAGGAGGUCGAGGCCAAGCUGGGCCAGCUCUUGCUGAAGCAAAUCGUCCUGAAGACCCAGAGAGAGCUCCGAGCGAGGCUGGCCAGAGCCGUCCCGAACAUCACGGAUCCCGGUGCCUUGUGGAUCAAUGUCAAGUACCUGUCGCCACCGCUCCUGAGGCAGAGAGACAGAGCGACAGAACCGCGGGGUGGCGGGGAGGCCCCCGCGCCGGGGCGCCUCGUCGCCGCCGCCUCCCUCAGCGGCGACGGGUGGCGCUGGCGGCGGUGGGCGCUGGCGCACCGCACCGUCGCCCGCGCCCAGGUCAUCGGCGCACCGCCGCAGCUCCGCUCCUGCGCGGGCCUGGCGUCGGCCGCACCGCCGCCGCCGCCGCAGGCCCCGCCUGAGCAGGCGCCCGCGGCGGCCGCUGGCGCGGAGCAAGAGGCGCGCGAGGAGGGGGUGGCCAUCGACGCCAUCCAGGACUUCGUGGAGACCCUUUUGAAGAUCGAUCAGCAGGCCCUGACCAGGAGCGUCUUCGAGGCGGUGGACGGGGAGUUCCGCGCCCUGGUGCGCUCCCGCGACCAGGAGCAGACCGCGAAGCGGGCGAAGCUCGCGGAGGCCCGCAAGCAGCGGUUCCUCGACAAGGUGGAGUUGCUGCUGCACCGGAGGCUCAGCGGCACGAUCCACGACGGCGACAGGGCCAUGCUCCUGGAGAGGCUGCAGCCGUGCCACGCGCAAAUCGACACCGCCCUGGCGGCUUCCACAACGCCCUGUGGAGGGCUGCCUACGACAGCGACAGGCCGAUCUCCGCCGUGGACAGCGCGCCUAUAUCGGCGCCCGCCGCCGCCGCGCUGA